UCAAGUUCAGUGUAGUCUGGCAGGCAUGCAGGACGAAGGUUGUCGUUCUGUUUUGCUGUUGAUUGGUUGAUGUUUAUGUUGUGUAUGAGUGGUCCGGGGCUCAUUGUGACAUUGCAAUAGUAGACCCGUUUAUAAAGGCAAUAAGGCAAACAUAAAAUUGAUAAUUAGUUUGACUGAUUCACUAUGGAGGAAGUAAAUGUUGGUGGGACAAUUGUCCGGAUACCAAAGUCGCGGAAGAAGCCAGUACGAGAGAUUAUUGAUGAUGGUAUUGACUGUACGCCUUGUUGUAGAAAAAUAGGACUUGCUGAUUGGCCUCGCUGUGAACAGUUAUGGUUUGUCAAGGAUAUAUGUGGUGUGAUCUGUGCCAUUUUCACCUGGGGUCUGGUCCUCUUUGCUGAAUUCGUGGUGACUUUUGUGAUGCUGAUUCCAACACAUUACCUCCAUCCUGUAUAUUCUUCAGUUAAUGCUGUGAUUUUCCAAUUCUUUACCGUCAUGGCAGUGAUGUCUCAUCUAAAGGCUAUGUUCUCUGAUCCGGGAGCCGUUCCUCGUGGGAAUGCUACAAGAGAAAACAUCAUGCGCAUGGGAUUCAAGGAAGGCCAAGUCGUAUACAAAUGUCCAAAAUGCUGCAGUAUUAAGCCUGCUCGGGCUCACCACUGUAGCGUGUGUCGUCGUUGUAUUAGGAAGAUGGACCACCACUGCCCAUGGGUGAACAACUGUGUGGGCGAGAACAACCAAAAAUUUUUUGUACUUUUUACUCUCUACAUUUGUUUGAUCUCAUUUCACGCGCUAUACAUGGCCAUCAGUCACUUUGUCAUGUGUGUAGGCAGUGAUUGGAAAGACUGUACUCGAUACUCGCCAGCAGCCACCACCGUUUUAUUGAUCUUCCUCAUCUUCGAAUCGCUUCUCUUUGGAAUCUUCACAGCUGUCAUGUUCGGCACUCAACUCUCUGCCAUUUGUAACGAUGAAACGGGCAUUGAACAGUUGAAGAGCAACCAGGAAAAGCAAUGGGAAAAACAUAGCAACUGGAAUAGUCUGAAGGAAGUUUUUGGUCACAGGUUCGACUACAGGUGGUUUAGUCCUUUCCAUCCCCCACGGAUACAGCCAACUGAUGAGGAGUUGAACUAUUUUUACACUGUCUAGUGAACUUGUAUGACAUACUUCAUGAGACAAUGAUAGAUGUAUCAUAUCAACAGAGCUGUCUGCCUUAGGCAUCGGAGGGAAUUUUACACAUUGUCUGGCCUGUUACACUUUGUUGGAGCCAUUUUACGGGUUUGACUCUAGGAGCAAUGUCUUAAAAUCAUGCUUAAAUUAUCGAAAAGUCACAGAAAUGAUCAUUUCUGUGGCCAAGUCACACAAGUCACACUUUUUUUGUCAGGAGAUUAACACAUCCCUAGACCAUGUAGACUUCAAGGUAGACAGCUCUGUGUCUAUGCUUGAGGGAACCUUACUUGGUGUAUUUGCUGUUAGACAGAGAGAUGUAUUUGGCCAUCAUGUGUCAACUAUAAAGAUGGUAAAGUCCAAUUUUGUUAAUUGUUUCUGCCUCUACGUGUAUAUGAAUGUCAAUGGUUAGGCUGACAGGUCAGAGUAGAUAUACACUAUAGAUCCAUGCACUUGAUUGGGACCAAUGUUUACGAAGACGUCGCGUCUCGUCACGUUACAGUAAUGUAAAAUGCAUGGUGACGUGACGACGGCCAACACUGCGUCAUUUAAACGUUGUUCCCAAUCAAGUGCAUGAAUCUAUAGUUGAGCAUGAGAAAUGCUGGGCUAUGGUGUCUUGUUAAAUCGAGCUUGACUUUCUUACUCGGGAGUCAAGGUAAAGUCUUGACAAAAUCUCGGGAGUCCUGUACAGAUUUCUAACUGAAGAGUUUUAAAUUUGAGGGUCCUGGCCCAAGUUUCAUGCUUCAAAAAAAACUUUUCGUCGGUUAUCUCGAGCCCUGCGACCAUAAAACAGCUUAUUCCUUGGGGUUUUGGGAAAUGGAACGUAAGAAUUAGCACUUGGCAUCUUUUUUUGUAGAAAACGCUAUAGAUAUUUUCAAAUCUGCUGUGCAUAUCGAUGUGGGGACAUUGGAAAUGGGGAAGCAUGAAUUGCGCUCUUCUAUUCGUGUGUGAUAAAUUUGUUUACAGGUUGUUCGAGAGAAUUUCUUGUUGUGUGUGAGAUGGGUAACAUCCAGUAGGGCUUGUUACAAAAAGAGAACAGGGAAGUGAUCUAUGCUUUGGCUUUCUGUAAAACUUUUCAAAAUCGAAUCAAAGAAAAGCAUUUUAGAGGUGCAUUUUUGCAAGUAAAGGCAAAGGACAACAUACAUUGUAUGUUCUGAGGACAACAUACAUUGUAUUUGCAUGUAAUUUUUUAAAAUUUUUUUGUCUGAGAACUGUCACAUCCUGUCUCCUGGGUUAAGAUGAGCAAACUGAUAUUUUUGUUAGUUCUCUUGUAGGGUCUUUUACCUUUUUAAAUGGGCUAUCCCAAGUAGUUAUCUGAACUCAAAACCUACCAUUCUUACUGUUAGCGGCAUUAAAAUUUCCCAACAGGUUUUUCUGUGCUGGUAGUAUCUAAUUUUUCAGAGUGUUUGGGCUAUCCCAAGUAGUUAUCUGAACUCAAAACCUACCAUUCUUACUGUUUAUAUAGCGGCAUUAAAAUUUCCCAACAGGUUUUUCUGUGCUGGUAGUAUCUAAUUUUUCAGAGUGUUUGGGCUAUCCCAAGUAGUUAUCUGAACUCAAAACCUACCAUUCUUACUGUUAGCGGCAUUAAAAUUUGCCAACAAGUUUUUCUGUGCUGGUAGUGUUUAAAUUUCAGAAUGUUCUGCAAAAUACAGCAUGUACAUACCGUAGAUAAUAAUUGUACUUUGUGGAACCAAGGUGUCAUGCUACUUGCAUUAAUGUAGAAACUUGGAUGACAAUAAAAAGUAACA